CAAAGAAAGACACAAGAAUGAAAGUCUUAUAGUAAAAUCUCAUGCUUAGCGUAUAGCAAUUACAACCCCCUCUCAUUUUUCGCGCGCUGGGGCUUAUCACCUUCGAAUUCGUUAAAAUCGGCAUGAAAACCAGUGCCACGAACAGUCGGUUAUAUGCAGGCACACACGAUUCGCUCUUACUCGAUCGAGAAAAGAAAACAAUUGUGUGAUUUAUAUAUUUUUGAAUCAGUGCAUACAACAACAUACCUGAAGUAUUAUAAUAAAUAUAAUAAGAUUCCGUACAACUCAAGGCUGGUGGGGCAAAACGUAUGCGCCUGCAGCAAUUCCUGCUGCAAGUCGUUAGUUUUCUUUCUACAACCUGCCACCGCCAGUCAGUGGUCCAGUGUUCAAGUGGUUGGACGCCUCGAAGAAGUGUGCCUCGAAGAAGAAGGUGAUCGGUAAAAAGAAAAAGUCAUACUUUUGCUGCAUCGAACGCUUCUUUGCAAACCCUUGGGAGGUGGGAGGGUUGACAGUGAAAAUUGACAAACUCUCAGGUUGUCUAUAUUAAAUUUUCAAAAUGUCUUUCAUCUUGGAUAAAUACAACGAUAUAAUCUGGAAACGAUAUGAUCCACGCACAAGUGACUGGUUUCUGGUAUCAGCUCCUGGUCCAUUGCUAGCAAUCGUCGCAUUUUAUGUUUACUUCAGUACUUCUUUAGGGCCAAGGUUGAUGAAGGAUAGGCAACCUUUUACGCUUCGGAAAACACUUAUUGUUUACAAUUUUAUUCAAGUCAUUCUUAGUAUAUAUCUCGUUUACGAGGGACUGAUGGCAGGAUGGCUGAAUGAUUACAGUUUUAAGUGCCAACCUGUUGAUUAUUCUGAUAAUCCGAAAGCUAUGAGAAUGGCCAAAGGUGUAUAUUUAUAUUUUGCUUGUAAGCUAAUUGAACUUUUAGACACGGUAUUCUUUGUGCUGCGUAAAAAGCAGCGUCAAAUUUCGUUCCUUCACGUGUAUCACCAUGCUAUGAUGCCCGUUUGUGCAUGGAUAGGAGUUCGCUAUGUUCCUGGUGGUCACCCCACUCUCUUAGGUGUCAUUAAUUCAUUCAUCCAUGUCCUCAUGUAUGCAUAUUACAUGUUAUCAGCUUUUGGACCUGAAAUGCAAAAGUAUUUGUGGUGGAAAAGACACUUAACGUCUCUUCAAUUGGUCCAGUUUAGCAUCAUUUUGGUACACAAUUUACAGAUACUAUUCACGGACUGUAAUUUCCCGAAAUUUUUAGCCUUUUUACUCUGUAUAAAUGCAGGCUUAUUCAUUUAUCUUUUUGGAUCAUUUUAUGUUAAAAACUACAUUAAAGAUAAAAACCAAGAUAAGAUGAAAAAAGAUGAUGAAAAAUUAAACUGUGGAACAUCAAAUAGCAGUUCUAAAUCUAAUGGACAUUCCAAUGGAUAUGACAAAAGUAGGACGAAAAUGGAUUAAAAAAUAGAUAGAUCAUCACACCAUUUCAGUAGUAUUCGUCGAUCUUCCAACUAUUUGUUUAAGAUUAUUAGCAUCGUAUGAAUUUUAAUGAAGACCAUCCAAUUUAUUGUUCAAAAUGAACUAUUUUAUGAAAUUACAAAAAGAUUGAAAUGACAUGAUUCUCUUCAAGUACAAAAAUAUGGAGUAGAAGAAACUGUUUAUAUUACCGGUAUAGUUUCAAUUGAAUUAAAAUAUGGUUAAAGGCUUAUAGGCGGCUCAAAAAAUCAUUCCAUUGCAUUUUUUAAAAUUACAAAGCUUUGAUUAUUAAAUUUUUUUAUUUUGUGCGUUUUUUGAUAUUUUGACAUUUUUGAAAAUUGCAUUCACCUGUCUUAAUAUUCAGAGCAAACCAAUUGAGUUACCUUAGCUUGGUGGUGUACAUCUCUUCAAAACAUUAAUGGUUACGCUCACAACCUCAAGUAUGUUUUUUAUGACGUGAACGUAUUCAUCGAAGGUGACCUAAAGAAGUGUAUAUUACCCGGCGCUGUAGCUCAAUGAGUUCACUUUGAAUAUAAAUCAAAAUCUUGGAAUUUUUAAAAAUUUAACGGAAAAGAGAAGAAACAUCCUAUCGACAAUUUGAAUAAAAAUGUUUUCGAUUUCAAACCUCCUACAAGCCUUCAACCCUACCGGUAGAUAUAUUGGUAAUAGUUUGUAAUAUAACUUUUCUAUCUAAAGCUUACAAAAAAUAUCAGUUCAUACGAACUUUGCAUUACCGUACAGUAGUAAUGCGAGUGGUUAGUGAAGAGCAGCGCCAUCUCACGCGGCCUUUAUGUAUGGUUUGCUUAUCGUAACAGAUUUACACUGUCGCUUAUAGAAAACUUAAUUGGUUUGAAAAAUAUUGACUAUAGAUAAUACUUACUAGUAUGAGGGUAGAAAUGAAAGUCAACAAACUAUAUCAUACAAUAAUUUACUUAAAAAAAAGUUGGUGUAAGUAGUUAACAAGUUCCAAAAUUUUCCCAUAAACAACAAUGUAAAUCUGUUAGGAUAUAACAGGUCGCGUAAGAUGGCACUGCUCCAACCCGUGGCGCUCACAUUACUUUCCAAUGGUUAACUGUUUCUUCGUUUAAGAAUGUAAUACAGUAACAGAGAUGAGUCGCAUCAUAGAUAUUAAACAAUACUUAUACAUUAUUAAGCGAGCAUAAGUAUUUGAAGUACAAAGAAAAUGGCAAAAUAACUAUAGUAAUUAAACAAAAGUGAGAUGUAAAUUCAAAUUUUUGCCGAAAAAUAUUUUCAUUAAUAUAUUUAUAUUAAUUAUGAAUUAACUUAAUUAUGAAUUAACUAGAAAAAGCAAAAACUAAUUUAAAAAAAAUAAAUAAAAUAGCUGAAAACUUAUGAUGAAUACCAACUAAAAAUUAAACGUUUGCUAAAUGAUCUAGUUGAUCGUUUUUGAUUAAUCUUCAAGUAUAUUUAAAAUCUUAUAUACUUAUUUCUCUUGGGUGCUGUGCACCUUGAUUUUCUAUUUUAAAUUAAAAACGGAAACUUAAUGUUGGAUGAAAAUGAUCAACUUUAUCGUUCAUGAUUCCCAACUGUCUAUAUUUAUGUUCAUCUUUCGAUCAUUAAACACAAAUAAAUAAACAUAUUUUAGAAGUUUCACUUUGACUUUUGAUGUAUAUUUUAAUGUCUUUAAAUGUAAUUAUGUAAUUAUUGUACGUAUCUAUCAUAAAUAUCUUGAUAGUUUUAUUACGCCUGGAAUUUUUUAA